AUGUCAUAGUUUACUUGCCAUGUUCACAGGCACGUUCCUUUUCUCCUGUGGGCCUUCCUCUUUUUUGGAGUGACCAGUUCCAGUCCAGUCCCCAGAAAGCUUUUUGGGGAGAUCAGAUCCCCCGGUUAUCCCAAGCCAUAUCCCAACGAUAACAUCAGCAGCUGGGAUAUCCAUGUCCCAAAAGGCUAUGCAGUAAAGCUGACCUUCAGAUAUUUUGACCUGGAGCCAUCUGAGUCCUGCUUCUAUGAUUAUGUUAAGAUCAAAGCAGACAAGAAGAACUUGGGCCGAUACUGUGGCCAGCUUGGGUCGACGACAGGCAAUCACCCAGGAAGAAAGGAGUUUGUGUCUAAGGGGAACAGGAUGCACCUGACGUUUCACUCGGAUUUCUCCAAUGAAGACAACGGCACAGUGAUUCCCUACAGGGGCUUCCUGGCCCAUUACCAAGCUGUGGAUCUUGAUGAAUGUGACCCUAACAAUGCCGCUGAGGAAGAUGAAAGGCCUCAGUGCCAGCACUUCUGCCACAACUAUGUGGGUGGCUACUUCUGUUCUUGCCGGACGGGCUACCAGCUUCAGACUGACCGCCGCUCCUGCAAAGUGGAGUGCAGCAGUGAGUUGUUCACAGAGGCAUCUGGGUACUUGAGCAGCCCUGAGUACCCCCAGCCCUAUCCUGAAGACCUCCGGUGUAACUACAGCAUCCGUCUGCAAAAGGGCCUGUCUAUCAUCCUCAAGUUCUUGGAACCCUUUGAGAUUGAUGAACAUCAGCAAGUUCACUGUCCUUAUGACCAGCUCAAGAUCCAAGCCCGGGGGAGAGAGAUUGGUGAAUUCUGCGGCAAGGAGUCACCUGGCAGCAUUGAAACCAACAGCAAUGAGGUGGACAUACUCUUCCUCACCGAUGAGUCAGGGUUCAGCCGUGGCUGGAAGAUCCACUACACCUCGCAGAAAAUACGGUGCCCACAGCCGGUCCCGCGGGAUCAGUUUACCAUCAUCAGAGACCUGCAGCCUGUGUAUCAAUUUCAGGACUAUUUCGUUGUCAGCUGCAAGACUGGGUAUAACCUGAUGGAGGGCAACCGAAAGCUGCUGUCCUUCACAGCUGUCUGCCAGGCUGAUGGGACAUGGCAUCAAUCCAUGCCUCGCUGUGAAAUUGUGAACUGUGGCAGCCCUACAGACCUGACCAAUGGGGCAUUCAGCUAUGUUAACAAACCUGCAAACAACAACUACCAGUCAGUGAUCACAUACCGAUGCAAUGAGCCAUAUUAUCACAUUGUCACUGGAACAGGCGGUGACAGAUUCACCUGCUCUCCUGAGGGAACCUGGGUAGAUGGAGAUGGCCAGGCGAGGAUUCCUGCCUGCUUGCCAGUGUGUGGGAAGCCGGUCAAUCCCGUUACUGAAGUCCAGCGGAUCUUGGGCGGGAAGUCAGCAAGGAGAGGCAGUUUCCCUUGGCAGGCUCUGACUGGCAUCCAUGGACGAGGGGGUGGUGCGCUGCUGGGCGAUCGCUGGAUCCUGACCGCUGCCCACACCAUCUUCCCCAAAGGGGCAGGGGGGAACAAUGUAAGCCUGGACCAGAUAGCAGAGGAGGCUAACAUUUUCCUCGGCCACACCAAGGUAGAAGAGCUCCACAAGAUGGGUAACCACCCGGUACGUAGGAUCUUCAUCCACCCAGAUUACAACCCUAAAGAUGAGCACAACUUCAAUGGGGACAUAGCCCUGCUGGAGCUGAAACACCCAGUGACCCUGGGCCCCACUGUACUGCCCAUCUGCCUCCCAGAUACUACCAACACCACGUUCUACAUGGAUGGGCACAUGGGCUACGUGAGUGGCUUUGGUGUGGAAAAAAACUUUAUUUCAAAUCAUCUGAAGUAUGUGAGCCUACCAGCAGUUGCUCGAGAGAAGUGUCAGAGUUGGCUGGACAGUAAGAGGAGAGAUAUGCCUAUGGUUUUCUCUGAGAACAUGUUCUGCGCUGGCUUCCUCACGGUCAAACAGGAUACCUGCCAGGGGGAUAGUGGGAGUGUCUUCACAGUGUUGGACACAAAAAGUGGUCGCUGGGUGGCCACCGGUAUUGUUUCUUGGGGUAUCGGCUGUGCUGAAGGUUAUGGCUUCUACACCAAGAUCCUCAGCUAUUUGGACUGGAUCAAAGGGAUAGUAAGGGAGGAUAGGCUCUAAGUGUUGCUGUCCUACUAGCUGGAGAAUCACCAAUAGCAUAUACAUUUCCAGACACAGCAAAUCAUAUCUAAAGCUUUUGAUGAUGUCCCAAAGGCUUUUCAAACACGCAGACCAUGUAACCUUCAUCAUGAGCACUUCUGAAAGCCACCAUACUGUUUGAUGACUUCUUGGUGGUACCAUCAAAACUUACCCAAGCUGCUGUACCAUUGGCAGCUUGUGGGAUGCCUUUGUGGACGUUCUAGUUCUUCCAAAUCUUAUUACUGGGUGAAGCCUUAAUGGUAUCAGGAAAUCUCAUGACAGCAGACAUGUUAUUGUUUGAAGUGCUGGCGAUAUCAUCAGACUACUGCAGUCCACUUUUGUACUCUUUUGUGUGGGAAGGUUGCAGGGCAGCAGACUUUCCUGAAGGAUGUGGUACUUUGUGCUGAGUACACUGUGCAUAUGCCCGUUGGCAUCAGUGAGAUUCUAUGAAUAUUAAAAUAAU